AUGAGCACCGGUGCAGCCUACUGUCAGCUCACUCACUUGCUUUUUCGCGACUCUAUCAAUCUGCGCAAGGUGAAGUGGAACAGUCGUAAUGAAAUGGACCAUAUCAGCAAUUGGAAAAUACUAGGUACCGCAUGGAAAGCCCUCGGAGUGGAUAAGCCUGUGCCCGUUGAAAAACUGACAAAAGCCAAGUUUCAAGACAAUUUCGAGUUUCUCCAAUGGUUUUUCAAGUUCUUCAACGCAAACUACGUUGAUGAAGGAGAGGAAUAUGACGCAGUAUCUGCUCGUGGUGGUGAGGUGAGAGUUGCUUUUACUGUGAAACGAUGA